GACAUUCAGAGCAGCUUCGAGACCGAAGCUUGUUUUUUCCUGCUCUUAUCGCUCGAGUGUCUGUCUGAUGCUGUGUUGGCACAUCUGAUUGGGUAUGCAGACUCUGUACUGAGCAUGCCAGCCUGUGACAGGGACUGCAUUGCAGGGCUGCUCUCCUGGCACACACCAUUUGUCUGCCCUUAAUGUAAAUAAUCCUGAGCACGGAGCCGAUCGUGGCAGAGACAGCAUCUGAUGGAUUACGCGUCUGCGCACGUUUCGCUUGACGCAUGGAGGUUGAAAUGGGGUGAAUGCGCUCGUUCUUCUCCUUUCUUCAUCUAUGAUAAAAUCUCUGUGUCUGUGCCUAUAGCCGCUCUCCCCCUUCUGUGACAUACAGUAGAUGGUGCAUCGAUUGCACACAGACGCUCGCGUUCCCUCUCGCUGGCUUGCUCCUGUGCGGAAAGGAAGAGGACGGAUUGAGACGUCUUCCUCUGCUUCUCGCGCUAGCUUCUCUUAUUUUGAGCUGAUGUGAAGAGCUGGACUGUGCUCGCUCUCUCUCUCUCUCUCUCUCUCUCUCUCUCUCUCAUCUCGGAGGAUUCUGCUAUAGAGAUGUCUGGUGAGAACAUCUUGUCUUCUUCAGAGAUCUGAACCUGGCAUGAUGUCACAGCUCCUGCACAUGGAGAUUCCAAACUUCGGCAGCACGGUUCUGGACAGCCUGAAUGAACAGAGGCUGCUGGGACAGCACUGCGAUGUGGCCAUCAUGGUCAACGGUCAGGCCUUCAAAGCCCACCGUGCCGUGUUAGCGGCCAGCAGCCUGUACUUCCGUGAUCUGUUUAGCGGUAGCACCCAGACUCUUUUCGAGUUGCCUUCUUCUGUGGCCCCGUCCUGUUUUCAACAGAUCCUUACGUUCUGCUACACGGGUAAAAUGACGGUGAGCGCCAGCGAUCAGCUCAUGGUCAUGUACACUGCGGGCUACCUUCAGAUCCAGAACAUUGUGGAACGGGGAAUGGACCUCAUGUUCAAGGCCAGCGCUCCGUAUUGCGACUCCCAGACGUCUGCCACAGACGAUCCUCCCAGCCCAAACAACAACAAUUCCCUGUUGCUAGGCGACCAGCCCACAACUGUCUGCAGGAUCAAGGAAGAGAAGCUGGAGACCCCGGUGUGCGCUCAGAAGCAGGCAGAAGAGGACAGGGGACAGAGGGGCAGAUCUUCAAGAAACAGUGCUCUUUUCUACACCGCCGGGGGCAGUAACGGAGUGAUAUCCGUGUUGCAUCCCUACGAGCACCCGAGCAGAGACCACGCUAGCCCCGGGGCCUCCAGCCUCCCGACCACAGACAGCCCAACAUCACACCAAAACGAAGAAGAGGACUUUGAAGAUGACUCGUACGAAAGCUUAACAAACGGAAAGAUUUACGGGGGCUCGUCCGGGAUCUAUGGAAUUCAAGAAAAGAUGGAGGUGUCCUCCCUGCCUCUCUCCUUGGAGAACCGUUUUUGCGUUCUUCUAGGAGGAGACAGAGAGGCUCUGCCUGCCGGACUCAUCAGCCAGAUUGGCUACCGUUGCCACCCUGCUCUCUACACGGAAGGUGAUCCCGGAGAGAGGCUGGAGCUGAUUGGAGGGUCCGGUGUCUAUAUGACACGUGGGCAGCUGAUGAACUGUCACCUUUGUGCUGGGGUCAAGCACAAGGUCUUGCUGAGACGCCUUCUAGCUGCUUUUUUUGACAGGAACACACUGGCCGACAGCUGUGGAACAGGAAUACGUUCCUCAAACUGUGACCCGAAUCGCAAACCACUGGACAGCCGCAUACUCAACACAGUGAAACUCUACUGUCAGAACUUCGCCCCUAACUUCAAAGAGAGCGAGAUGAAUGUGAUCGCUGCAGAUAUGUGCACCAAUGCCCGCAGAGUUCGCAAGCGCUGGCUCCCCAAGAUCAAGUCCAUGCUCCCGGAGGCGAUCGAGGUGUACAGGGGGACUGCGGUUUUGAGCCAGGUGGAGGGAACCACCCAACCAGGUGGCGGCUUUCCCUUCGAAUCCGAAUUCAAACACCUGACUGCGUCGAAUCUCACUCUGGAGCAGCAUCUCUAUGGAGACUGCAGAGAGGCACUGAGGAACGGCUCUCACUUCACGGGUGUCAGUGUGGACAAAGGUGAAGCGGCCAAGCCGGAGCCAGGACGAGCCAGGGAGCCGGACAAUUCGCAGGAAGCGGAAAAGUUUCCUGAAAGUCCCGAGAGAGCGGCCAGCGUGCUCGCCAUCAACCCAGCCAGCAAGAAGGGGGAAAGAGAGCGGGCCACCAGCAGCCCAAGACCUCAGAAAGAGGAACAGAACCGACAGAGAGCAACUAAAGAGGACCAAUGACUUCCUCCAUCUUCUUAUAAACUGGUUUGCAGCUUCUUACACCCCAAAAAUUUAAAUUGGCUUCCGUGCCACCGAACAUAACAUAAACGCUGCAUGAUCAAGGAAACUGGACGUAUACAUUUUUUUCCAGGACCUCUGCAUCGAAUAUAAGUAAAUGCGGUAACAUAUACAAGCCCUAAACGUAAAGGCAGUCUGCGGAGUGAUAUUUUUUCUUUUGUUUUUAUGAAUGCAUGUAAUGCAUAAGCUGUGGCAUUUCUGACUAAAUACUCUCACCGGUUACAGAUACAAAUGGAUCAUGGACAUCUGCAUGGCAAAAACAAAUGAAGGACAAAGACUCUCUUAAAUAUAACACAACAUAAAUGCUUCAAAAAGCAGAACUGUAGCGCUUUUGAGCGUGAAAGAGUUACUGUAUGUACAGUAUAAGCUGAUUGUGGGACUGCUGAGUUCAGUACAGUAAGGAGACUGAAGCAGUCCUCUAGAGAGUUUACAGGACUCUCAGUUUUCCCUCUAAAGCGUUUUAAUCUUAAUCCUGUUCUCAAGCUGCUGUAUAGUAAACGCUUGCUUGGUUUUUUUGCAUUUCAGCUGGUCUGGACAUUUGAAACGCGAUUGUAUGAUUGCUUUUUGGACGUGAAAUAAAGGAAAGGAUUAUUUUGAGGGAUAA